AUGGAGGAGCAGCUUAGCAAGAGGAGCUUCUUUGCAGCCCUUGAAAGUUUGGAUCACCUCGACGAUACUGAGGAUGAAGAAGAGGAGGACCUUCUCAAGCGUGUUGCUGCCCGGAGACCUUCAGAAAUUCCAAUUCCAACCGCGGCCACUGUCUCAGUCAGCCCAGGGCCUCCAGCACCGGGAAUACUCACUCGGGCGAACACAGACCCAAAGCCACCACCCACAGACCAAUUCAAAAUUGCAGUGGUUACCGAAGCCAAGGCUUCAGGAAGGACUGAGCAAUUGAGGAGGGUUGAGCAAUCAACUGACCCCAAAGUGAGAAGUGUUCAACGUCAUAAUACUACCGGAAGUAUGCCAGACCCAAAGAGCAGAGGUCCUGUCUCAAAGAAAAGGAAGCCGAACAAAAAUAUCAAAGUGGUCCCUGAAGACCAACAGAUCUUCAAAGACCUGGUAUUCUUCUUCUUUCCAAAUAAUGACGUUUCUCCCUCUCGUCGACUUCGGAUUCAACGAGCCCAGGAGUAUGGUGCGCAGUGGGCUCAGGAAAGAUUUGAAAAAGUGACCCAUAUUAUCGUGGACGAAGGGCUGUUGCAUCGGGAUCUUCUCACCCAUCUUAAGUUGGAUACUUUCCCUGAAAACGUCAUUAUCGUGAAUGAGUUAUACCCAUCAGACUGUAUCAGAUUCAGUUCGGUCUUGAGCCCAUCAUAUGGUCGGUUUCAAGUUGAGGGAACCCCGGUGGCUACCGAAAACAAAACACCAGCUGAAAACAAAGCACUGGGACCUACCCCCUCGGACUCUUUACCUUUGAAGCAAUCCAAGCGAGCACAGGAGCAGGGUCAAGUAUCAACCCAGAAUUCCGAUGAAGAUAACGUCCCUAGUGUUUCUCCUGUAUCAACGACACCGCCCAGUGGCCUCGUACAGGAUAUCGUCUGUGACGCAGAAACUCGAGAAAGGGAUGCCCUGGACGAUCUCAUUGAUGAAACUAAAGCUAUAAGCCAUUUGCCACUCGAACCUUUCGACUCUGCGGAUGAAGCCACAGAUGAUGUCGAUAUUGAAUCUACGGCAUCGGAGUCUGAAGAAUCUCGAAAGUCACCAGAAGGUCCCAAGGUUGAAAGGACGGACUCUUGGGCAAAGAGCUUCGCGUGUAUGCAGAAAUUCAACCCUGAAAUGCGAAGCAACAACCCCAACAGCAAGACCAUUGAAAUUUUGCAGCAAAUGUGCGAUUACUAUGAACGGAUCGCCGAUCAUUGGCGCAACUUUGCUUAUCGAAAAGGAAUCAAUGCUCUGCGUCGUCAGACUGAGAAGAUCGUUACAAAAGAGCAGGCCCGGGCUAUUCCUGGUAUCGGAGAGCGAUUGGCCGGCAAGAUCGAGGAGAUCGUGCUGACCAACCGACUUCGCCAAUUUGACAAUACGAAUCACACCGCCGAGGAUCGUAUCCUCCAAGAAUUUCUCGGUGUCUAUGGCGCAGGUCUUCCUCAGGCGUCCAAAUGGCUGGCUCAGGGAUAUCGGUCUCUCAGCGAUCUCCUCGAGAAAGCGAGCCUGACCACGAACCAGCGCAUUGGGGUGGAGCACUAUCAUGACUUUAUGCAGCGAAUCCCACGCAAGGAGGUUGAAGCCCACGGGGUGUUCGUCCGAAAAGCAGUACAGUCAAUGGAUCACGACAUGCAGGUGAUCAUUGCAGGCUCUUACCGCCGCGGGGCACUGGACUCGGGAGACAUCGAUUGUCUCAUCACUAAGCCGGGUGCCUCGUUAGACCAGAUUCGGUCUUUGAUGAGGGACAAAGUCAUUCCUAAAUUAUUUGAGGAUGGAUUUCUCCAGGUUGGACUUGCCACUUCACGAAGACAUGAUCAUGAUGGAUCUAAAUGGCAUGGCGCAUCGACUCUCCCCAAUAGCCCGAUCUGGCGGCGCAUCGAUCUACUCUUUGUGCCUGGGGCAGAAUUUGGGGCGGCCUUACUUUAUUUCACCGGCAACGAUAUUUUCAAUCGUAGUAUGCGACUCCUGGCUCGCAAGAGAGGACUUUGUUUAAACCAGCGCGGCCUCUAUGAGAAUGUGCUACAUGAUGCGCAGCGGGUGAAGGUCAAUCCGGGCCGAUUGCUGGAGAGUCGGGAUGAGCAUCGGAUUUUCUCAUUGCUGGGAGUGCCGUGGCGACCUCCUGAGCACCGGAUUUGUUGA